AUGAGUGACAAGGAAAAGGAAUUGUGCCCGAGGUUGAUUGAUUUUUUGGUGGUUGUUGGAAGGAGAAAUCGAUUACGGUUAGUUUUCUCACAUUUCAAUUUGAAUUAGAAAGAUAAAUUUGUAAAAUAAAAUUGAUUUUUUUUGAAACAUGUUGAACCUGGUUUGGAAGAUUUGGGAAAGGUCAAACUAAUCAAUCCCAAUCUCUCUCAAUUUUCAAAAUCUGAUCGCCUAUUAGUUAAUUUUUAGAUGUUCUAUGGUGAAACCUUCCCUUCACUGCCUUAUUUUUUCAAUUAUUUUCUAAUUAUCCAAUUUUUUUCAGUGGGAAUAGUCAAGCAAGCACUGACAGUACGACAACCCAUGCUACUGUUACAUACCCCGAAAUCCUCCGUCGGUAUCCAACAGAUGAUCACAAAGAUUUCAUCCUCCCCACAGAUGUUACUGUAUUCUGUCAACCUGAAGGAUGCACAACUUUGAGUUCGAGAUCCCGUCGUGGAGCUCGAAAAGAGCCACAGUUUUUUGUCUUCAUGCUCACAGAAAAAGAUUCUGCAAAAGUUAGAUAUGGAAUUUGUUUGAAUUUUUAUCAACCAUUUGAUAGAAAAACUGGAGCACAGAAUGGUGUCAAAGAGAAGAGGUUUGAUAGUUUUUGUUUCGACAUAAAAAUUCAAUAAUAAUUCUUGUUUGGUUUCAGAAAAGAUUAUAACAUGUCAUUAACAAGUCUCUGUUUAAUAUCACAUCAUCCAUUUGUCUCAAUUAUCCAUCAAUUAUUACUUUUGUUGAAGAAAUUAAUUGAUAGUUGUAAUUAUCGAGCAGCACAAAAAACGGGAUAUAAGUGGGUUCAAAAAAAUUUGCUUUCAAAUAUAUAAUUCAAAGUUUUUAGAGAUAUUGUUUGGUCUAUUCUAACUGGUCAUUGGACGGAUCCGAUUCCGCCGGAGGCGAUGAAAGAGAUUAAAGAAAUUGAAACUUGGAUUUUGAUGCUUUUGAGUUCGCCAGUUCCAGUUCCAGGAAAAACCAAAGUUCAAUUGGAAGUUAUGCCAAUGGAUAUAAGUCAGAUAUUCGAAUUUGCAUUACCCGACCAUACACGUUUUUCACUUAUCGAUUUUCCUCUACAUAUUCCAUUUGAACUUCUUGGUAUUGAUAUGGCUCUCAAAGUUUUGACUGCAGCAAUGCUUGAAUUUAAAGUUGUAAUUCAAUCUCGUAAUUAUAAUGCAGUUAGUAUGUGUAUUUUAUCAAUUGUCGCCUUAUUAUAUCCAUUGGAAUAUAUGUUUCCUGUAAUUCCAUUAUUACCUGCAUAUAUGCCAUCAGCUGAACAGCUGUUGUUGGCACCGACACCUUUUCUUAUUGGUGUGCCUGCUUCGUUUUUUCACCAUCGUAAAAUCAACGAAAUGCCAUCUGAUGUAAUGUUGGUUGAUUUAGACACUAAUUGUUUGCAAGUUCCUGAUGAGUUGUAUAUUCCUGAUUUACCUGAACCUGAUGCCACUCAAUUGAAAGUAAGUUUUUGAAAUCCGAAAUGUUUUGAGAUUUUUAUCAAGGUCUGAAAAUUCUAUUCAUGUUUCAGCUAGUUUGAAAAAUAUCUCACAAUCAAUGAAAACUUUUCAGCAAAAACUCCGUAUCGCAUUAAAUCAAAUGACCUCAACUGUAAAUGAUAACCGCCGUGGUAGUAUUGAAGCAGCAUAUUCAAUCGAUAUUGAUAACGUUGAUGUUGCUUGUCGAGUUGCAAUGGUCCAAUUUUUCAAUUCAGCUAAUAUUUUUGGUGAUUUCAGUGAGCACACACGAACUCUCAGAUUAUAUCCAAGACCUGUGGUUUCUUUACAAUCUGAUAGUUUUCUACGAAGUCGACCGCAAUGUACUCAAUAUAUCACAGAACUAUGCAGGUUUGAAAUUUCAAAGAGAGACAAAAUCGGACUUUAAAAAUUUUAGAACUCAAGCGGUUGAAUAUUUUGCCGAAUGUUGUUUGUGCCCAAAAAACGAGACAUUUGUGAGAGUCCAAGCUGGAAUUGAAUCUGCUGAACAAGUUGGAGAUAAAUCAAAAUGGUUUUCCGAAUCUCUAAUGCCUGUACAUUUCACAGUGUAUCCAAAUAACUCAAGCCUCGCUUCUGCGAUCCACGAUUAUAUUCGAGAAGGAGGUGAUAUGGAUAGUGAUGAUGAAGAUGAAGUUAGAUCUGUUGAAAGUUCGAGUAGUAUUGAUGAUUUAGUUUUUGAUGAAAACCCAUCGUCAGGUAUUUUUUUUAAUAUCACAGAAACAUUUUAUUAUUUGUUGAUGUUUUUAGAACACGAAGAAGUGACAAAACCACUCGCUGAAGUAAAUGACGUUUAUCGAGAGCCAAUGUCAUUGGAACUUCCGCAAAGUGAAAGUGCUGUUUCAAUUGACAGCUCAAUUAGUAGUGGAAGAAGUAGUCCAGAUUCAUCAAUGUCUACCUCAGCAAUGGAUUCGGAAGCUGAUUUUGCGAGAUUGGCAGAAAAUCUUGCAUUGAAAUCGAAUUCUCAGGGAGCUUUUUCAUUUGAUCAUGAUACUGAUUCGGAAUAUGAAACAACUCCAGUUUCGCAAAGACGGAAGACAAUUCAUAACCCUAAUUCUAGCGAAACAAGUUCAAUUGACACACCGACAGGGAAAAAUCCAGCAAAAAGUGGAGGAAUGAGAAUAAAGGUGAUUUUUCUGAAAAUUGAAUUACCGUGAAUGAUUAAUUUUGAAACUUUAGGGUCUCUCUUCUCUAACCGACUCUGGAGAAAAGGUCUUAGGACCAUCGUUUAUGAAUGCUAUUAAUGGAUAUGCCGAGAAGAGUCAGAGUGUAUUCAGUUCAGUUUUAAAUAAAACUGCACCUAAAGCACAAGCUUUGAAAGAAAGAACAAUGAAACCAUUGGCAACAAAAAUUGAACAAAGUCAACAUAUGGUUCGAACAAAAACACAGCCAAAUCCAACCAGUCAACAAACUGCAAAUCAACAAAGGUUUGCGUUUCCAGCUUUUCCGUGAUUCCCAAUUCCAACUUUUUUGUUUCCAGCAAAAAUCAACAAAUGGUGCGCGAGUUUUGUGAUCAAGCACUAUCUGGUCAAAGUGUUGGAAUGUUCGCUGCUCCAAAACUUCGGCGACUCAUGGAAGAUGAAAGUUUGAGAGAACUUGUUUGUUCAAAACUAAAUCUAGGCCUCGAGCAUAAAUUAUCGGAAGAUGAAUUUGUGAAGGAGAUUCAAUUAACAAAAUCUCAAUUCAAGGCAUAUGUGAAAAUGUUGAAAGCAUGUUUGGAAGGUAUUGAAAUUUCAUUCAAUACACCAGGUUGUUGUGGAUUGGCAAGUGUUUUCCAUAUACUAGAAAUCGCUCAUACACAUUAUUGGUCAAUGGGUGGAGGUGAUACUGCAAUUACUCCAAGUAGUUCAGCGCCAAGCACAGUGAGUGACAACGAUAUCAAAAAGUAAUCAUUAAUUGAUUCUGAUCAUUUGUUUUCCAGCUUGUCACACCUUCGGAACCUCUUGAUGUUGCAAAAGAAGUUGCUCGAACAAAACUUCCCGCAUCAACUAUCGAUCUUCGAACCCCAACAAAACCCGUUGGUCAAAUAGCCGCUCAACCAGUGAAUGGUGACGCAAUCAAGCCAGCAGAUCAUCCAACUGAUGAAAGAAAAUCUAGUGUGAUACCGCCACCAAUACCACCAAGAGAUGCGCCACCACCAGUUCCAAGAAGAGUUCCACCUCCAUCAACAGCUCCGCCAACUCGCCAACCUCCAGAAAUUCCAAAACGCCCGCCACCUUUGCCACCAAGGCCAACAUCUGGACAACAACCGGUUGAACAAUUAAUUCCAGUUGAGGAAAAACCAAAAGAAGUUGAGAAACCAAAAGAAGAAGUACCACUAACACCAAAACCAGCUCCCCCAUCAACACUGCCUGUUGGAAAACAAGAACCUCAAAAAGUUCUUCCAACUCCAUCUGAACCUGUCAGGCAUUACAUUUAUCAAGAAUUGAUUUGUAAGUGUUUUUUUUCUGAAAAUUAUAUGGUCUGAAAUUUGUGUUUUCAGUAACAUCUCAAAACCCAAUUUGGCAAAAUCCACAGUUCUGGGAAAAUGCGUUUGUGGAUUUAGUUGCCCAAGAAAGAGAAAUCGUUGGAAUGGAUCAAGAACCAUCAGAGAUGAUUGAUAGGUAAUUAUAAUCAAGAAUCAAUAUUUAAUUAGGCCAAUAUUUUCAGAUAUGCAGCGUUGAAUGAUAGUGAAAAGAAACGACUGGAACUUGAAGAAGAUCGAUUGUUAUCAACACUUUUGCAUAAUAUGACAGCAUAUAUGAUUAUGUGUGGAACUGGUCAGCGAGCUCUUCAACAAAAAGUUCGACGACUUCUAGGAAAAGCUCAUAUUGGAUUAGUUUGUUCCAAAGAAAUCAACAAACUUUUGGAUGAACUUCCAACAACUCAAGGAAACUUCAUCCCAUUGAAACCUCUCGGGAGUCGACUUGUACAAAAACAUUCAUUCACUGUUUAUCCUGGUUUGAACGCCGAAGGUCAAAUGAUGUUUAUGGAAGUUUGUGAUGAUGCGGUUGUACUUCGAUCGAUAACUGGAGCAGCAACUGAACGUUGGUGGUAUGAACGACUUGUAAAUAUGACAUAUUCACCAAAAACUAAAGUUUUAUGUUUGUGGAGAAGGCAUGAAGAUAAAGUUCAUAUGCAUAAAUUUCACACCAAAAAGGUUAGUUGUUUGUACAUAAGUAAAAUACGCUCUCAAUACCGAAUUUUAGUGUCGCGAACUCUAUCAAUGUAUGAAAUCAGCGAUGGAAAGAGCUGCUGCUCGAGGAAAAGUAAAUGUGGAAGGUCGAGCUCUUGGCGGAGAAUUUCCGGUUCAUGACACUGAAAGUAAUCAAGGUGGUUUGUUACAAGUUCGAUGUGAUGGUGUAGCAGUGAUUUUUGCAAAUAGUCAACAAUUUAUCGAUCUUGCAAACAUUAAGAAAUGUAACACUUUUGGUGGAAAUGUUUUCCUUCUUGAAGAAUUUGGUAGGUUGAAAAAAAUAAUUUUGAAACAUAUGUUUAUCUCAAAACAACAUCAUAUUUUCAGAUCGUAAGAAAAACGAGCUUGUCCAACGUCGAUAUUAUUCCCAAAUGGUAAGUCAUACAUAUUUCCCGCAUUUAAUUUCAUAUGAAUGUUUAUCACAUCACUUCUAAUAAUAAUGCACUAUUGAAAUGUCGUAAAUAUGUUGUCUUGUAAUUGCAGGCUGUCGAUAUUGCCUGGGCGAUGCAUCGUGUAUUUAGUAUUCAAUUUGCAAUUGCUUGUCAAAAACAAUCAAAACUCACCAAAAAACCACUAAAAGUCACACCAGAAAUGUGGCGAGAACCUUCAACUGAUCAAAGUAUUGUUAGCUGUGAUUCAACCGAUGAUGUUCUUUCUUUUAUUCAACCUGUACUUCCAACAUGAUUUAUAUAUUCAUAUUAAUUAUUGUUUUGUUGAAAAUUGUAGAUAUUGUGAGUGAGCAUGCUUCGAGAGCAACGAGAUGUUGGUUUAAAAAAACAUUAUAAAAAUAUUUUUGCAGGCUGAUCAAAUUUGUUACGCGGUACUUUGUGUGUUUUCGCUAGCUGCAGCCGGUCAUAAAAAAUCUGAAGAGCAACACCAUCACCAAUAA